UUUUUUUAAAUUUAUUUUUAUUCUUUUGUUUUUUGUUAAUAGUUUCUUUUUCAUUUUUUAUUUGUAAUCCAAUUUCUAUAUUAGUUCAUAUUAUUAAAGUAUUUUAUUUAUUAAAAUGCCUCCAAAAAGAGCGGCAAAUAAUGGCAAAAAGGUGGGAGAGGAAAAUGCAAAGAAAGCGAGGCAGAAAACUCCAGAUUCUUCGACAUCCAAACCUCCAAUAAAGAGACUUCGAAGCAAAUCACAUAGAAAAGUCCAGUUUGAUGCAAAUCCGCAAAUUCUCGAAAUUACUCCACUUGUUGAGAAACCAACAGGCCAGGUUAGAAUGCCUGAGCCGUCGAAAUCGAUUGAACAAGAUUUUGCUUCUCCAGCAAAAGAAGAUGAAUUAAUUAUUUUGUUGGCGGAUGAUUCUUUAAUGGGAAAAGGAGUUAAAAAUGAAAAUGGAGAAGAUAAUAAUAGCCGUCAAAGUAUUGAAAUUAUUGACGCGUCUCAAACUUUUACAAAGCCGCCAGCAGUUAGAGUUAAAGAAAAUGCUUUGAAAGGAUAUCGUCCGAUUCCUCUGUUGCAACUGGAAGAAGAUGAAGUGCCUCAACAGUCUACAGAAAAUAAUGAAGAGCUGGAAAACUCUUUGCCAUUAAUGGAGCAACAUGUAUUAAAUGAUUUGGAACAUUAUGCAUUCUUAAAAGGAAAAUCAAAAUCAGCUUCUUCCAAUCGUUUUUUGUGGAGUCAAUUAUUUAUGCCAAAACGUCAACAAGAUUUUAUUGGUAAAUCAAAAGCAGAUUUUUUACGAUUAAAUGAAUGGUUAGAAAAAUGGUAUAAACAAAUAAAUUUUGAAAAAGAAAAAAAUUUGGAAGAAAAUAAAAAGAAGAAGAAAAAAGAAGAGGAAAAUAAUAAACGUAAAAGAAGGCGAAGCAGUAAUAAAUUUUUUGAAGAAGAAUUGACAGAUGAUUAUGAAGAGGAUGAAGAAGAUAAUGAUUUUGAAUUUAUUGUUGAAGAAAAUAUGUUAAAUCCGGCUAUUAUUUGUGGUCCAACAGGUUGUGGAAAGUCUGUGAUGGUUUAUCAGGCCGCAAAAGAAUGCAAAUUUGAAGUAAUUGAAAUUUCUUCCUCUUCUCCUCGUGAUGGUCAAUCCUUGAAACAAAAAAUAGCUGGAGCUUUGGAAAGUCAUAAUGUUCAAAGUAGAAAAACUAGUGAUAUUCGUUCACUUUUUGGAAAUAAUAAACAAAGUGAUAAUUCUAAAAAGAAUCAAAAUGAUUUUUCUCUUUUGCUGAUUGAUGAGUGUGAUAUUAUUUAUUCAUCCGAUUCAAAUUUUUGGUCAACUCUUAGACAAAUUUGUACAGAAUCAAAAAUUCCGAUUAUUUUAACUUGUAAUGAUUUGGAAUAUGUUUUGAAGGAAAUUGGGAAAGAUUUUGAUGGUAAUAAAGAUGAUUUUUUUGUUAUUCAAAUGGAACGACCUUCUGACAGAUUAUUUGCUCAAUAUCUUCGGCAUUGGUAUUUUGGUUUUACAAGUCAUUACCACAAAACUUGUUCAUUUUAUAAUUUAAUUACUAUCAAAAACAAGGAUCCUCGUGCAGUUUUAAAUUCUUUACAUUUUUGGGAUUUGGAUAUUUCUGACAAUGAUUCGUUUUCUAAUCGUCGAUCAUCAAGUAUUGAAAGAGAAGAAAAUUUGAGUUUAUCAGAAUGUCAAAAACGAUCAAAAAUUCUUUCAAAAUUGGAUGCUUCUUUUGGACCUGGUGAAAAGAAAAAUAUUUCAAUAUUGACAAAAUGUUCAAUAAAUUUGGAUUUUAAUAAUGAAGAAGAAGGGUUUUUGAAUAAUUGGGGGACAAAAAUUGAGGAGUUAAAUGAGUUGCGGUUGGAAUAUUUGGCUUCGGUUGAUAUGGAUGAUAGUGAUUUGUUACUUCAAUCAAUUGAAUAUAAAGAAAUUAUCAAAAUGUUUUGUUUGCGUUCAUCAAAUAAAUUUUAUUCUUUACGUGAAACUUGUUUAUAUCAUUUGCCAUGUUUAUUAUCAAUUCAUCAAUCUUGGUGUUCAAAAAUUCAUUUAUUAAAGCAACAAUAUCGUCAACAAGAUGGAAGCAAUUUGUUUCCAAUUUAUCAAUCGCCUCGUCGUUUUCCUCCACAUCCUUUUGAUAUUGUUGAUACAAUUACAGGGACAAUGCUUAAUCAAAAUAAGUCGUUAAGUUCAGUUAUUGAAGAAUUUCAAUUCCCUCCGUCACCACAACAAUAA